AUGUCCCUCCCUCAAUCAAUCGCAGACACCAAUCUGGGCCUCACAGCGUCUGAGAUUCAGAUUCUCCGCCAGCAACAACAGAUUGCAGCUCAAGGACACGCUACGCAAUCACAAGCUGGUCGUGGCAGAGGUCAGAGCCGAAGUUCCAACCCUAGCUCUCGUGCAGCCAGCGCAGCCAGCAGCCAAGGUGGCCAAGGCAGGGUAUUCCUUGACCCUGGAAGUCUUCAGAGAUUAUACGCUCAUUUCGAGCAUCUUAUGAGGAGGAUACAGGAUCGCAUAGCUGAUCUAGAAGAGGCGACUCAACGCUCAGUGCAAGCCAGCUACGACAGAGCUGGGAACAUGAUACAGAACGCCGAUGCGGAGAUUGCACGAAUGAAACGAAUAAUGGCGGAAAUCGAUCACCUCGAGGGUGAAUUCGACAAAGUGAAGAGGAUAAGAGAUGUGAUCAAAGAGUUGAGGAAAAGAGUUGAUGAACUGGACAGGAGGAUGGACCAGCCAAGAAGUGGUCACAGUCAGGCUGCUAGUGGCGGCCCACGGCGGCGCUGA